AUGCGAUCAAUGCUAGUAAGAAUAAGUGCUUACAAUUCUAACGUAUUAGAUAAAGAAGCAAAAGAAAAUGAUGAAAACAAAGAUGAUAGUAUUCGCUGUCAGUUAAACAGUCCCCUAACAGAUAAAUACAUGGACAGCACAAUAGCUGCUGAAGCUUUGAAGUGGAUUUCUGAUGUAGAGCGUUUCUAUAACUCUCCCUCUCAAAUGGCAUCGAAACUUACUGGCAAUAAUGCAAAAAUAACAACCAACUGUCAGGAAUGUCAGACUGAUGUUGGUUUAAAUCGUAGUGAUACUUAUUCACCAAUUUUUUCCUCCAUCGUUCAAGUUUUAGCAAAGUGCCUGGUAAAGCCAAUGGAUACGUACAAUUUACCUUCAGAAACUGGACGAUUCAUACGUGAAGUCAACAAUGCACCAUCAAGGAAUAAUUACGACUUAGAGGAAUUGAAGUCUCUGCUUCUGUUUAUUGAAAGGGAUUUGUUACGUCUUAUAAAAUAUUUGGAUUUGAACAGUUCGUCUAGUAAGAAUAUGAAAGACCAAUUGGAAUCAAUGAAAAGUGAGAAUAAUCAAUUGUCAAAGGAGCUUUCAGAUGCACAGAAUGAAUAUAACAAUCUCAAUGAGAAAUUAUCUAAAGAAUUGAACGAAUUAAAUAAGAAUUACAAAAAAGCACAAAAAGAGAAUUCAAAAUUUAAGACCAACUUGGAAGAUUUAAACAAAGCGUUAACGGUUAAAGAUACACGAAUACAAGAAUUAGAAAAUCAAUGUCAAGCAUUGGAAAAUAAUUUGGAUCAAAUUGAAAGACUAUUUAAUACUGACGUCGAUCAACUGAAUGACGAUAAUUUGCCAUCAAAAUCACCGCCAUCAUCAUCGUUAUCAAAGGUUCAAUCAUGUAUUCUAGAACUUCAGAGGAAACUGGAAUCUACUACAAAAGAUUAUCAGUCUGCCUUGAAAAAAUUAGAAGUCAAAGAAAUGGAGAAUCAGAAUAUGAAUUCACAAUUCACGAUGCUCACUAAGAAACAUGAAAAACUUUUAUCACGAAUAAAUGAACUAACUGAGAUCAAUGAAAAAUUAGAAGAACAACUGAAAGAUAAGAAUAAUUCGAUGGAACAUCUGAACUCUGAGAUAAAUAAAUAUAAAAGUAAAAUACAAGAGUUGGAGAAAUCAAUACAAGAGAUCAAGAAUAAAUCAACUGAAAAUGAGAGCGUUAAAAGUCAAAUUCAAAUGAAUCUUGAACAAGUGAAAUUGGAGAAUAAUGAAUUAUGUCAAAAAUUGAACAAAUUGAAUGAAGAUCUUUUACAAAUGGCUCAAUAUCCUGAUUUAAAUGGACCAAUUGUGUUUGAAAAUGAAAAUUGUGUAAAAUCUGUUCAUGAAGAAUUAGAAGGACAAAUUCAAGCCAAUGAACUCCGUAUUACUUUAUUGACGGAACAAACUAAACGUUUACGUAAUGCCUUAUUAGUUAUGAAUGAAAAGCAUGACGCGAAUAUUCAUACGACACAUGUAAUAAAACAAGAAGAUACCGAAUUAUUGUCACCAAAGAUUGAUCAUUUAACAUUGAACAAUAUUACACCGAGUAUAAGUAGAUCAAAUUCUUCUAUUUUAUCAAUUGACAAGAUUUCAACAGAAAAUCAAUCAACAAAAGAAGAUGCCUCAUGCAUACGUUCUAAAACCUAUACAAAAUCAAAAAUUCUAUCGAAUGGAUCUGUUGAGAAUCAUUCAAAUAUACAAUUGUGGUCUGGUCCAAGUACAACAACAAAAGUUUUAUCCUCGACAAAUUCCAAGGCUGGAAUGACACGAUUAGCUGUUAGAGUUUAG